UCAUCUACACAAAUUUAUGUGAGCCCCUUCAAAUUCUGCUACGCAUUUCAUCACAAAUAUGGUGUCUUUAAGGCCAUGCCUUCUUUUCAUUCUUCUCUGCAUUGCAAUGGUUGAACUUGCACAUUCCAACAAUGAUAGGAAGACUUACAUUGUCUACAUGGGUGAUCACCCUAAGGGCAUGGACCUCGCUUCCGUACCUUCUCUUCAUACCACCAUGGCUCAAAAUGUCCUUGGCAGCGAUUUCAAACCCGAAGCUGUAAUCCACAGCUACAAGAACUUCAAUGCGUUCGUCCUGAAGUUAACAGAAGAGGAGGCUAAAAGAAUGGAAGAAAUGGAGAACGUUGUCUCUGUUUUCCCAAACGGCAAGAAUCGUCUUCACACGACAAGGUCGUGGAACUUCUUAAGGUUUCCCCAGAAUGUUAAUAGAGAAACCUCAGAGAGUGACAUAAUUGUGGGAGUAAUAGACAGUGGUGUUUGGCCGGAGUCUGAGAGCUUCAGUGACAAAGGAUUUGGUCCUCCACCGGCCAAGUGGAAAGGAUCAUGUCAUAACUUUACCUGCAACAACAAAAUAAUUGGCGCAAAGUACUUCAAUCUGGAGAAAGAGUUCGCAAAAGAUGAUAUAAUAUCUCCAAGAGAUGCAGAAGGUCAUGGAUCACAUUGUGCAUCCACAGUUGCUGGAAACUCGGUUAACUCGGUGAGUGUAUUUGGCUUAGCCUCAGGGACUGCCCGUGGAGGAGUUCCGUCUGCCCGAAUCGCUGUGUACAAAGUAUGUUGGAAGACAGGAAGNUGUGGCGAUGCNGACACCCUUGCAGCAUUUGAUGAAGCUAUCAGUGAUGGAGUAGACGUAAUUUCUAUUUCAACUGGACUGGGAGNAGUAGUCUACGUUCCGUAUUUCAAAGAUUCAAAUAAUAUAGGAAGUUUUCAUGCAAUGAAAAAAGGGAUACUAACCUCAAAUUCUGCCAAUAAUUUGGGUCCAGGUCUUUCCUCAAUGACAAAUUAUCCACCAUGGUUACUUUCUGUGGCUGCAAGCGCUUUCGACAGAAAGAUUGUCACUAAGGUGAAGCUGGGCAAUGGCGCAGUAUAUGAGGGGGUUUCGAUCAACACAUUUGAUCUUAAGGGAAAACCGUACCCUCUUGUAUAUGGUGGAGAUGUACCUAAUAUUGCUGGUGGACAUAACAGCUCGACAUCCAGGUUUUGCGUAAAGGACUCUUUGGAUAAACAUUCAGUAAAGGGAAAGAUUGUUCUGUGUGAAAGCAUUCAGAGUUCAGAAGAUGUAGGGUUUUUAUCUGGGGCAGCCGGUGUUAUAUUUGGAAAUAAUUACCCUAAAGAUUUGCCCGGAGCAUAUGCCUUGCCUGCUUUGGAGGUUACUCAGUGGGAUCAAAGACUCAUACAUUCUUAUUUAAAUUCAAACAGAAAUGCAACAGCCACGAUAUUUAAGAGUGAAGAAGUAAACGAUGGACUAAUCCCUUUCAUAUCUUCAUUCUCCUCAAGAGGUCCAAAUCCAAUCACACCAAAUACUCUAAAGCCUGACAUUGCUGCUCCUGGAGUGGAAGUUAUAGCUGCAUGGUCUCCAAUUAACCCAAUUUCAGAUGUUAAAGGUGACAAAAGAAAAGUACUAUAUAAUGUAAUCUCAGGCACUUCAAUGGCAUGCCCUCAUGCUACUGCAGCAGCUGCAUAUGUCAAAUCAUUUCAUCCCAAUUGGUCUCCUGCCAUGAUCAAGUCUGCACUGAUGACCACUGCUAUUCCAAUGAGUCGCACUCUUAAUCCUGAAGCUGAAUUUGCAUAUGGAGCUGGGCUUAUUAAUCCUUCUAAGGCUGCAAAUCCUGGUUUAGUGUAUGAUAUUAGUGAAGCAGAUUAUGUAAAGUUCUUGUGUGGAGAAGGAUACACAGAUAAAGAGCUUCGAGUCCUNACUGAAGAUCAUAGUAGUUGCAAAGGACAAGCAAGCAAGAAAGCUGUAUAUGAAUUAAACCUCCCAUCCUUUGCACUUUUUGUAAAUGGUUCAGAUUUUAGUAGUGCUUUCCGAAGAACCGUUACAAAUGUGGGAUCCAAAACAUCUACGUAUAAAGCCAGAGUGAUUGCUCCAUCUUUGUUAAAUAUUCAAGUGAAACCCAGGACUCUUUCCUUCACAUCUAUAGGGCAGAAAAAAUCAUUUNAUUUGAUAAUUGAAGGGAGAAUUAAUGUAGAAAUACUCUCUGCUUCUUUGAUUUGGGAUGAUGGAAAUCAUCAAGUUAGAAGCCCAAUUGUAGUGUAUGGGUCUGUAGACAGUUGAUCGAUUCUAAGUGCGUGAAAUAAGAUGGAAUAAUUUGAAAUCAGAUGUUUGUAAGAUCAUGAAGAAAUCAAUGCAAUUAAGCUAUGAAAACUCUUUUUCGAAGAAGUUAUCUCAAGGGAUUGAAGCACCAAAUCUUGAGGCUUAGGUCAUAAAAGCAAACCCUCAUGAGGAGGAAUUCUCAGGCAUGCACCUUUGGAAGAUAUGAAAUGUAACUUUUACAACUUAAGCCCAAUGUGCAACUUAAGUCCUAAGAAAGACGGUUUGGAAAGAUCUGGAAUAAAAUCUCGAUGGCUCAAGCGCCAAAGUUGAAGAUGAGCACCACCUUGAACAAUUUAUAAAUACAAAUCUCGUGUCCUCAUUUUAAGCAUUAAGUGAAGGAUCAAAUAUGUAGUAGUAAAGCAGAAUGAGUUUGUGACGCUCGAGAUAAGUGUUUUCAUUGUAAAACUUAUGUCUAUAUGUUGUUGUUGUGAUUGCAUUGCAAUAUUCUAUGAGUACCUGAACUCUC